AUGGCUGACAUCGACAACAAACAGCCGACGGAGCUGACUCGGACAGAGACCGUCGUCUCCGGCUCCGACAAGCGCCCCGCGUCCAUCACACCCGACGCAACUCCAACAGGCACGCAGUCCCCGGACAAUGCUCCCAACAAGGAGCAGCAACAACAGCACCAGCUCAAGACGGGCGCCGACGCCGCCCUCGACCUCCUCGCCGAGACGGGGCCCCUGGACGGCGCCGUCGACCCGGAGCUCAACCGCCGGCUCAAGCGGCGCAUCGACACGCACAUCAUGCCGCUGAUCUGCGCCGUCUACUUUUUGCAGUACAUCGACAAGACGUCCAUCUCGUACGCCAGCGUCACGGGCAUCCAGCAGUCGACGGGCCUCCACGGCAACCAGUUCAACUGGGUCGCCUCCAUCUUCUUCUUCGGCCAGCUCGCCUUCGAGUUCCCCACCGUCCGCCUGCUCCAGAUGUUCCCCCUGGCCAAGUACACCUCGGUCAACGUCACCCUCUGGGGCGUCGUGCUGGCCUGCCUCGCCGCCUGCAAGAACUACGCCGGCCUCCUCGUCUGCCGCUUCCUCCUGGGCGUCUUCGAGGCCGCCGUCGUGCCGGCCUGGGUGCUCUUCACGUCCCAGUGGUACACCAAGCAGGAGCAGGCCUUCCGCGUCGGCAUCUGGUUCUCCGUCUGCGGCGCCGCCCAGAUGUUCGGCGGCUUCUUCGCCUACGGCGUCGCCGUCCACGUCGGCCGCGACCCGGACGCCGCCCUGCGCGGCUGGCAGGUCAUCUUCCUCUUCCUCGGCCUGCUGACGGCCGUCGUCGGCAUCGCCUUCUGGUUCGUCAUGCCGGACUCGCCCGCGUCGGCCGCCUUCCUCUCGCCGCGCGAGAAGUCGACGCACCUGGCGCGCAUCCGCGACAACGAGCAGGGGAUCGGCUCGCAGCAGUUCAAGUGGGCGCACGUCAAGGAGGCCCUGCUCGACACCAUGACCUGGCUGUACGCCUUCUGGAUCUUCGCCGCCAACAUCCCCAACUCGACGGCCACCAGCUUCGGCAACAUCCUCGUCAAGGGCAUGGGCUACACGAGCGAGCAGUCGCUGCUGCUCGUCACGCCCCUCGGCGCCUACGAGAUCGUCGCCCUCGUCGGCCUGACCUGGCUGGCCAUGAAGACGAGGCAGCGCCUGUACUGGUGCAUCGCCGGCCACAUCCCGGCCAUCGUCGGCGCCGUCCUGAUGGCCACCACCGACAGGGUGCCCGCCCUGAUCGGCUACUACACCUCGGGCGGCAUCCCCAUCGGCUGGACGACGAUCCUGGGCCUCCAGAGCUCCAACGUCGCCGGCUCCACCAAGAAGGUCACCGUCGCCUGCAUCGGCACCAUCGCCUACACCGUCGGCAACAUCAUCUCCCCCCAGACCUUCCAGCCCCGAGACGCGCCGAGGUACCUGCCGGCCAAGGUCUCCAUCUGCAUCAUCUACUUCCUGGUCACGGUCGACCUGUUCGUCAUGCGCUGGGUGCUGGACAGGAGGAACAAGAAGCGUGACGCCGAGAAGGCCGCGCUGGGGGACGCGUACAAGGUGGAGGAGAACCACGAGUUUUGGGACCUGACGGAUCUCGAGAACAAGGAGUUUCGGUAUGAACUGUGA